AUGGCUAGCCUCGCUGCAAACCUCGGUCUUUCAGACCGUGAAGCCAUCCCCGAUGCCCUCUAUCGCAGUAUUUUCGGCCUUGAUUCCAAUGAUAAGACUAUCUUUGAAUCAGCCUGGCACCAAGACGCCGAAUUCAUCUUUGACGGAACACCCCCCAUCCAGGGACUUCCCGCCAUCCUGGCCACCACCUUCCAGUACGUUGGCGCCGGGCUCGACACAACGCACAUGGUGAGCAACGUCCGAAUCGACCUGAAGGAUGGUGCAGACACUGCAAAAAUGACCGCCCAUGCUUUGGCUCAGCACUAUCGCAAGGAUGAAGGGCGGAAGCCAGAGGCGCCGCGCUUCUUGACGGGCAACAUGUACUGGAUUGAUCUUAUCAAGGAUAAGAGUGAUGGGCUUUGGAAGAUGACAAAGUUUGACUUGAGGGUCAUUUGGAGUGAGGGAGAUGCAUCUAUUAUUGGACAGUAA